AUGGCUGCUCGCAAACGGCUGGCUGCCGUCCAUGCGGAGCUUGUAGAGGUGAAAGAUGCCUUGAAGAAGGAGAGCUCGUACUUGGGGAUUUGGGGCAGUGACUUGCAGAAAUACUCGACUCACUUGCAGAGCAAAGAGGAGAUCCUCCGGCAGAUCGUGCAACAGGACGCCAACGACCUUCGAAGGCCGCCCCCUGGGCCUCCAGCCACCUUCGACCGUUGCAGUCUCCCGAAAGUGCAGCAGCACAUGUUGGACUAUGAGGCGGUCCCCAGUGAGAGUACCAAAGCUUUGAGAGCUUUGUCCUCCCUGGCUUACAAUGAUGUGAACGAAUUAGCACGGAGCCCAGCUUGCUUGUCGCAGCUCCUGCGAUUGCUCGAGCUCUAUCCGGAGGAGCCUGCCUUGCAACUGAGUGGUGUGAAGUGCCUUUGCCAUUUGGCCUUCUCAGAAGACACGGCUCGUCGCUUGUGCUCCAUGCCCUUCAUCGGACCGUCCGAUGUGCUUGAUGCUCUCAUGGCUGCGCGGUGCAAUGCGCAUUCCGAGGUCUGCGCCAUCGCGGACGAGGCCGUCGCCCGCAUUGUCGCUGCCGCCGGUGGUGAGGCCCUGACACGGAUUUGUCGUGCUGAAGCCGAGGCGAGAGGCCGAGCUGACGGCGUUGAGAGUUCGGGGAGGUCCGUUCGUGCUAAGUCGAGCUCUUUGCCUGAGAUCUUGAAAUCGAACUUAGCAGAAGAGCUUCUCGAUGCAAGUCUGGUAGCCCAGUGUUUCCUUGAAGCACGGCCUAGUGCCACGGAGGCCGAGGCUGCUGGAUGGUUGUCUCUCCUGGUUGACUUAGUUGGAUCGAAUGGUGGAAAACCAGUUGUAACUUUGCUGUCCGUGAAAGCUGCAACAGCAACGGCCCUUUUGAUGGACCUAUAUCCCGAAAGCUUAAAAAUUCAAGUUCAGGGAGUGACCGCACUGAGAGCUUUGGCGGUGCAUCCAGAGGUGGUGGCUGGAGCAGAAGGUGUGAGACAUGUGGAGUCAGCUUUCAGAGCUUUCAAUGGGGAUGCCGAAUUGCAAACCCAUUGUAUCAACUUUCUGGUCUCGGUGUUGGAGUGGCCUAUUGAGGUCCAGAAGCAGUGUGAAGUGGACUACCUUCGGGUGGUCUCCCUGACGAAAGAAGCGAUGCAGCGACAUGUGGACGUGGUGAGUUUGCAGGUGGCUGCUUUGUCAGGCCUGGCCAAGCUGGUGGAAGCCCUGGCAUUGCCAGCAGAAAGUGUGCGAGCGGGCUGCAAGCGGCUACGAGGCGCCCACCGGUGGGCGAUUCGCGGUCUUCAUGGUCUACGGACGCGCCAGGUCAGCCCUAACCGGGUGAAGACCACACUUAGCAAAGAAGGCCCCAGACGUGGAAGAGGUGUCCCAUGCUUCUUUGUCCGGCAAAAGAGGGGCGAGUUCCUUCCAGUGCCUGGUGGUCUUUGUGAGAUGAUGCUGAUGGAAUGGGAGGACGCGGUCGAGAGGGCCAAGCUGAAGGACCGUGCGAGCUUGUUACCUUUGCGCCGCUGUAUCUCGCGCUUCUCCCGCUCCCGCACAUCGGAAGGAUGCAAUGCCCUGUCAAGGCGCCUUGCACAUCCCACUGUCUUGGAGGGUCCAGAGACGCACUAUUUGGAUCUGGGCGGCGGUGAAGUUGGCUACUACAGGUAUUGCUACUUGCCCGAUGCACCUCCUUUAGAGCAAGUCACUUGCAGGGCUGCUGAUAAGCUGGAGUGGCCAGGGCUCUCGGAGGUUUUAGAGGAGGCGGAGGACUCCGACAGGACCAUGGAGCUGUGCCGGUCUUUGGUCUCCUACUUGGUCCAAGAGCUCGGGACCUACUUGGCUGACCCCAGUUCAUGGCCCCAAGUGGAGGAGAGCGGCUGGGUCAUCGUCAAGGGAGCGGUCUCGGAGCGUACAGCUGCCCAGGGCGAUUGGCGGGUCUUGCCGCACCUGAGCUCCAAGGACGCCUGGAAGCGGGGCAUGGGACUUCGAGCACAGCUUCUGGACACCUAUUUGCAGAAGCGUGCGGUGCAUAUCGACCACUGCCUGGUUUGCCAAAGAGCCGGGGCUGGACCGCCCUCCAAUUGGGCAAUCCACCUGGUGGCGCCCACUCACUUCAAGGAGAUUGGAAAGCUGUGCGCAGAAAACGUGGACAUUGAUGGCGUCAUUCGGGAUUGGUCGCAGGAGUGGCAGAUCCCCCGAGGCAGAGUGAAAUUCAACUACAUUGAUGGCUCGAUCUGGAUGUGCAAAGGUACGGCCUCAGGAGCCCCUACUGGUAUUUGGGGCCAGCAUCUUGGCAGAAUCCGCUGCACCCAAACACGUCCAGGUUUCUAUAAUUGGACUCUUGUAUUUGACUCAUCUUUGAGCUCUCCACACAGCCACCCAGAAGCAUGGCAGGCUGCUACAAGUGCUCCUAUGCCCCCAAUCAGCAGUGCAGGCCACGUUCCAGCCAUGUGUCCGGCCAACACAUCUUCCUCACCUGCGACCUCAGGUCCAUGUUGCGCAGCCAGAGGCCGUGCUGGUAGCCUCAUAGACCUGUGCCCAAAGCCCGACACUUGGUAUGUCUACCGGGAACACGUGGGCAUUCCAACCCUGCGAGGUGGAGAUUACAGCACCUGUCAGUGGCUCCAGUCCAAAGGGAAUUGGAAGCGCGCAAUGCAGGACGCGGUCAAUGCGUUGCAUCCCAUUUUGGAGCAGUACCAGAUCUAUCCAGACUGCAAAUUUUGCCCGUCGGCGGGCGACUUUUGCGGGCACCUUCCUGCGAGCAAGCAUUUUACACACCUCAGCGACCGAUUGAGGCCUAACAUAGACAUUGUCAAAGUUGCAACGGAUCGCGAUUGGACUGAAGAAUGGCUGGUGCCAGGUGGUGCUGUUCGCUGGUUUCACAUCACUGGUGCAAUCAUGAUCUUGAAGGGCAAUCCUUCUGCUGCUCCGCGCGACAAGUGGUCGAAGCUCCCAUCCGUUGAUGCCCCGGCGCUGCCAGCUCCGCCGCAUCCACCAGCUCCGGCACCAGCGCCGUAUCCCGCACUGCCGGCGCCGCAGUCCAUCAGCGAGGCGGAGUUCUUUUGGAGAAACCGACUGGAGAGCGAUCCUGUUGAGAUUGAAGCAACUCUCGCACGCCUCCCGGUGCGUCCAGAGGACCUCGGCUGCUCGAUUUGUCGGAUCGGCUUUGAGAACUUGGCGCAGUUCAGGCAGCAUCUCGAGAGCGUGGAACAUUUCAAAAGGUUGUCGCUGGAGGCCGGCUACCCACAGCAAGUGAAGGUCAAUCAGAAUAGAAUGAUGCAGAAUUUCCAGAACCGCAACGGUCAGAGAAUGAUGCUCAACCACUUUACGCUCAAGCUAGAGGCGCCAGGGACUCUGUCACAGCCAGCGCAACAAGUGCCACGAGUGCGAACUGAAAGUCAAAUUGGAUCGACUGGAUCAAGUGUGUCUGAGGCAUACUAAAUCGACGAACGUAUCGACCUUCGUCGAUUCGACCUUCGUCGGUUCAUCGAUCCGUGACGUGGAUCCUGGAACGUCUGAGUCUGACGGUAUGGAAUCGACUCAUGCAUCACGAGGAGCAAGGUGUGACUGGCCACUGGUCCCUCGCAAACUGAGACGAGGCACCAGACAGCAGUAGACCAAGUAUGAGAAUUCGAUC